AUGACGUCGGACGCCAAGGUGAUCAGCAGAACGCCCAAGCCUUCUGCAACCGACCCUGUGGCACCUACCACAACCAAGCCCACAAAACCAAAGCGCGACACGUCUACCAAGGCUCAGUCCAAGAAUCGCGCGAACAGCAGCACCAGUAGCGGAAGCAAGAAGAAGACGAAAACCGGACCGUCCACAAUCGCCUCAACAACGCAGAUUUCGGCCCCAAGUCCACUCCCCAACACGCAACCCAUCCCGCCCAUUCCUUCGCUGCCUUCAUCACUUCCCAGCACCCAGACGCAGGCAUUGCGUCCCUUCCCGCCAUUGUCCAUCGCCACUUCCUCCGAUUGGCCUGCCCUUACCACCGUCCUUGCCGAUCACGGAUCAGAGGGGACGACAAACAGAAUCACGAAACGCUAUGAAAGCACGGCUAACGACCUAAGACCAAAACUUGUCCAGCUCGCCUCCAAGACCUCGGUGAAACGCAAAACGAUCGUCGUUACGCCAUCCCGGCCAGCUAUCCGUGCAACCAAGAAAUUCGUUCCGCUCACGUGCUCGACUGUUCGACACGUUUCACAGUCGUUCUCCGCGGGUUCUGCCGGACCUCAGUCCAUUCCAAGGGAGAAGAAACCUCAGUUGUUUACACUCCCUGCAGACGCCAACCGGAGCGACCGCGUGAAACACAUUCAGAGCCACUUCCUCGAUCGCCUGUUUCUCAACCUCAAUCAAGCUCGAGACACCCAUCAGGCGGUGGCUUCGGUACCUGCCGCGCUGCCAACCCUUGCGUUCUCAGGCCUGCACGGUGAGCUAUAUGACGGGGACCUGGAUGCCUUCCAAGUCGCCCUGCGGUGGUGGAUCGCCCGCCUGCACACCACUCUCCAGCUUGGCUCGGCACAGGAAUGGAGUGCAGCCGCAGGAGGUAGGGGUCUGCUCGGACCGGACAUGACGUUGUGGCCAGCAGUUGCGGAGUGCAAGAAGGUCGUCGAAGGGAUCUACCUGGUCGUGACAGCCUCUCAGAAGCUCCAGAACAAGGACAAGGUCUCGAGCCGCAGUCGCGAUCCUCCAAGCACCGAGCCUCAAGGCGUAACUUGCGGUCGAUACCUCGUCCUUGCGUCAACAGGUGACGUGAUCGCGACGGACGCACCAUCUUCCGCUACUACCGAACCGCUUACGAUCGAAGGGUGUCUGGUGCGCUCCGAUUGGCACUCCUACAUCCUCAACCUCGUCUCCUCUCCGACGGAGACCCCCAGAUCCUGCGUUCCCAACAGCUAUAGCGGGGAGAAGCUUAGCGCGAUGCACAUGGACGCUGAGUGGAUUUGCAAUACCGCAGACCUUAACUCAAGUUCUACGCGGUCCAAGACAAGUUUCUUUGCACUUGCAAGCCAUGCAGGGUCCCAGAAGACGGCCAAGGAAUCCCCAAUACCGGUCAAGGCUGGCGCCACGAACUGGAGCAAAGUUGAAUUGUACCUUCCUGAAUCCCAACAGGUGCUCUCGGUUCAUCUCCCAGGCGCACCAACUGCCCCGGCUCUGGCGAUUGUGCACCGCGCGUCGGGCAAGUCGGACUGGGUCCUUCGCGAGACUGGACAUGUGGUGGGAAACGAGGACGAGGGCGUCGCCGAGCUCUGGCAGGGAAUCCUGGGCUGUGAUCGCCACGGCGCAGAGGCGGAUGUCGACGGCUUCUGGAAUGGGUGGCAAACCCGUGUACGGGGAGACGAAUGGGAAUGUGCAUGUAGAAGCCUCUGUUAA